AUGGAGCGUACUCCAGCUCAAGACAAGGACAGUCAGAAGCGAAGAAAAAAGAGCCAAGAAAGCACAAGUGGUCAAUUUGGAGAUAUGGAGGAGGAAGAGCUUGAGCUUUUUCACGUGGUGCGAGACGAUCUACGCCAUAAGUCCACGGUAGGCUGGCAGAAUGCUGUUAAGGUGCUAAAUGCGGCCUAUCAGCACAUAGAUCACCCCGAAAGCCAAGCAUUUCUUGAUGAUUCAUUUCAAAAGAUCAUCAGCAUCAUGCUUGAUCAGCAUACCAGCAAGAUCGGCUCGUUUGAAAAAUCGUGUGUGACGCAGUGUCUAUCGCUCGCAGUGCCGCUGGUGGUUGCGCAGAUGAAGGCAGGUAAGUAUUUCCAGACAUUGCCAGUGCUGACUAUGAUUUUCAGCAAGAAAAAGACUUUCUAUAAGGAUUUACGCACCUCGGCAAUGAUUGGCAGUUAUUGGAACAAAGUACCUGGAUCACCGGAAGUGCGAGCACAAUGCAUUGAAGCGUUUUGCGAGAUGAAUGGAUUUCACUUGUUGUUGAGCACAUUGGAGCUUUUAAUGCAGAAUCAUUGCAAAGGCGACGAACUGGAAGUUGCAAUGGAUAGUGAGGAUAUCCGAGUCUUGCUCCAGGCAUUACUUGAAUUUCGAUCAUCGGUGCCGGAAAUGAUUUGCACUAAAAUCUCUGUGUUAAUUAUGACCUAUUUCACAAAAAUCUCGGAUGUAGUUUUAAAAAAAGAGUCAACCGACGCUGUGGGAGCUGUAAUUGGGAUUAUUCGGAGGUUGGUGGAUGCAGGAGUGGUGUCACCUGACGCCAUAAAUGCAAUAUGGCUUGAAAUUACAGAGAGGUACGUUGAGUCGACGUCGCUGCCGCUGCGACUCUUUGGCCUGGAGCAAAUUAACCAGAUUGUGAAUUGUGCUCGAGCAUCGCGAGCCUUCCCGCCGCGAUACUUUGUUAGAAAUGCUGGCACAGCUGCUAUUAACGGUGUUUACGUGUUAAAGGCCAACACGACGUCGGCAACAUACGUGUUCCGACAGCAAGAAACAGGUCAAGUGUUUACGCUUUUUUGUUGCACAAUGAAGAGUGGAUUAAAAUGGUGGUUUAUAUCGGAGGCUGACAAGAUGCAGCCUGGUUCCGACCAAGACAUUGAUUAUUAUCAGCAUCAGUCACAAUACGAGGAAUAUCUACCUCCGACGCACGAUUGGAUUCCUACAGGAAAAGGGGAAGCCCCAGCUCCCGAGCUGAUCGCGGAAAGCGUUCAAGAGAACGGCCAUGAAGACCAGACUCGAUUAGAUUUCAUUCUCAGUGCUUGGGUAGUGGAUAAAAGUAUUUUGGACGAAAUUUUUGGUGAUAGAAUCCAUCGUGAGAUCGUGUCGCGCAGUGCGUUGCUGGUAAAAUUUCUAGCAGAAUCUAACAAGCUAGAUACGCACUGUGUUGAUGUAAUCUGGCAGUCUUGCAUUCAAAAAGACCAGACUCUAGUCCAUGAAAUUCACAACCUUCUUAUUUCUACGGUGCCUUUCUUGUCGAGUGAACUGCUGUUGCAUUUGAUUGAAAUUAUUCACGCCUCGCUACUGCGCAGCUUAGAAAAAUAUGAGGCUUUUCCUGAGCUCAUCUCAUUCUUGCAGCGGUUGGCAACUAAUUCACCGAGCUUUCUCAUGGAGCGUAACGUGAAUGUUACGAGAGCGAUUUUGCAGCUGCUUUGGUCAAUACAAAUGCAUUGUAGCAUCGCCAACAUUCGACUUAGCAGAAGUCUGCGUGAUUUUUUUCAAGAAGGAUUACGAAGCGAAUUCGGUGAGCCGCUGCGAAAGAUGUUCUUGAACGAGUGUAUCAAGGGAAUAAAGAAGUCUUGCUUGAUGUCCAACGUCGCACCCGAUUUGUCAGCCCCGCGACCUGUCACAUUAAUCUCCCCCACGCCAAGCAGCAAAAGCACAACGACUUCAGUCAACUCAGCAGAACUCUCGAAUAAGGAUUCAACGGCUUCCAAAGCGUUGGAGCUGCUCAAAUUUCUAAUUGAUUCGUAUCGAGUUGACCACGGACUUGUAGUGGAAUCGCUUAAUCUGGAGCACGGAUUAGUGAGUUUGUUAUUCGACGAACUCGCAACAUUUGUGGCGCGAAAUACUGAAAAACACUCUUCAUUUUAUCGUUCGGCUAUUGGGCAUCGCUUGGAACUUAUACACUACAUUCACGUCAAGUCAUUAAAACUAGAGCUCACUAUCCCUCAAAUUGAACGGCUGUGGCAAGUACUUUCUUCGUCACCGGCUGAACGCGAAUUCUGCCUAAUAUUUUUUAAUCAGACCAGUUUGCGGCAAGGUGGAACAGCGCCUGGCCCAAACAUGGUUGGUGGCUCAAUAAGCUCGGCAUUUAAUCUGGACGUUUGCUUAUACGUUUUUAACGAGCUCCUAUGCAAGCAGACCGAUUUCAAGACAUUAGGAUGUAUGGGUUAUAAAUGUUUUAAUACCUACUUUGUCGGUUUAAAUGCUCAACUCAAGAUGGUGCAACGAAUUGAUGGCCCAUCGGAGAACAACUCACCACAGCUAUUGGGAAUUGAUGCUUUGUGGCGUAUCGCGUUCGAAGCUCCACUUGAAGUAGCCGAAAUGGCUACGCAUGAGCUUCUUCGUGUAUAUGAUCGAUCGUCUGAUGUACUUUCGCAUGAGGCUAAGAGCGAAUCGGAUGACUCCGUAAAAGAUUUCCUGGCGCGUGUAUUUCAACAACUGUCGACCGUUAAGGAGAGCACACCAGAGUCACUCAAGCUUGUGCAGCAAUGCUCGUGUUUGUUAACAGGACUGGUGUCUAGCGCUCGCAAAAAGCAGAACUUCGUUCCACAUGGGCUUAAUGGUCGUGGCGCGUACUUUACGAUUAGGGUCGUCGCGCAGCGAAUUCCUUCAUCCAAUACAAGCGGGGCAAGUGUUCCAGCCACUGUUGCCUCAAGUCGUGAUAACGCGGUGCAAACAAUACAUACAUCCGCAUACUCGAAUCAGACGUUAUGGCAUUUCCGCAAGCAGAUUGAAAAGCUUUUGGGGCAUCCAAUUCAACAAACAAAAUUACUCUCAUCGGGAUCUGCAAUCACGGGUGACCAAAAGACACUGGCAGAUCUGCAAAUUACGGAAUCCAGUGAAGUGCGCGUACUGAUGUUCAACACGGUUGUGACACGCUCUAGUUCCGUUGUGAUGGACCAGGAUCAAGUUAUGAAUUCGUUGCCCACUUCAUAUUCAACUUCCUCAUCUAAGCAGCACCCUGGCAUUGUGAUUGCUCGCAAUGGUCCGUACUUCGAUAUUUUGUUCCGUGUCCUCGAUAUUGUUGAGAGUAAUCCAGUGCACGAGCUUUUGUGGGCCCUAUUAAAGCAGAUUCCUACGAGUGAAAAGCUUUUAAAUCAUGUUUCUAGCAUUGGCGCAUUUGAGUUAAGCGAGGGAGAUACUGAUAUGAAGUCCCCAUCCGAAAAAUGCUUAAGCAGCAAGCCCGAUUGGUCAUCUUUGGUUAGGGGUAUAUCAUCACACCAGGCUAUUUACACGCUACAAAUCAUGGAUGCGCUCUUACUGCCUUCAGAUACUGCCAAAAUAACGUUUGCGCAGACUUAUCGCCAGCGCUUUGUUCUGGGUGGUGGGUUUCACGAAGUUCUUUCGUACUUUAUCCGCGCAAACUUCCAUGCAAAUUCAUUUAAUGAGGGCGCUGCAGUGGCGCUUCGUAUCCUAAAGUUCUGUCUUUUCGACUCCGGCCAUGAUCACGGAAUAAUUUCGGCUACCGCAGAUGGCCACACUUUAAAUGACACAUUUACUGAGAGUGUAUCGCCAACUAUAUCAUGUGAGGACAUGGGGACUUCAAAAGCUGAAAUUUUUGUAGAGCAAAGUCACUAUGAUCAGUUGGUUCAAAAAAUUGCAGAGCUCGUUGUAUCGGAAUUUGCGCGGGUUCAAGUUACGGCACCGAAAACAAAGACGGCGUAUCGUAUCUUGUUUGAUGCUGUCAAGACCGUUGAGUCGAUUGUGUCCAUCGUAAGUGAUGCAGCAGUAAAGUACGUAAAGGCUUUAGAGCCGCGUACAAUAAUUAUCGAUAUAUUUACGAAGUUUGAUUCGGACCAAGUGCGGGACCAAUGGCUUUCAUUGUUAAAUUCCGUUUGUAAGGCGUCUGACGCGGCAGCCGAGGUGGUCUUUGAGACAUGCAUUCAAUCCAUAGAUCAUAUUGAAAGUGUAAGCGUCCCGUGCGACCAGUAUACGCGCAUGCUUUGUUCAUUAGCUCAUCUUGAGCGCGGCAAGUCAUCUUUUUAUUGUGAAACGCUGGCGCAGGUUGUCGUGGCAAAGCUGCGUUUUGGUUUUUCAAGCAAAUUUCUCGCUUGCAACGAGCGUUCAGGCGAAGUACUGAUAGGCUUCAUGGAGUUCUUGCGUGAGGUGCUAGUGGUGCAUGCUGAUGUACGAGCCAAAAUUGCUUCCGACAUCGUAGACGUCGUGUACGAGGAGUGUUUAUUUACGCUGCCAUCCGAAGAUCGCCGACGCUGUCCGUUGUGCGUGUCGCUGGAGACUCGACGCCCAGCAUUCAAGCUUUUAGCAAGUGCAAUUUCUUCAAACGCUAGUAUUUUGCGUAACUUACAAGACCGCCUGAUAAAUCUUUUUACGAGGAGUGAUGCACUUCGUGGUAAGUGGGGUCAAGAGAAUAAUAUUGAAACGCGUGGUAAUGGCGAGCAUGUGGGGCUAAAAAAUCAAGGCUGUUCUUGCUAUAUGAACUCAUUUUUACAGCAGUUGUUCAUGCACUCUACACUGCGGCAAGGAUUGUUAGGGGCCAAAGUGGAACCUCGCCCCAUUUAUCAAGAACCAUCAAAAGCAGAAGCUGAAAGGUCCCCAGAGCGCUUGAUAGGAUGCCGUGUAGCCCUUGAAUGCUUGGGUGGCAGGGUUUAUGAAGCGAAUGUUAUAGGGUACGAUGCAUCGACGGGCCAGCAUACACUGCGAUACGAGAACGGUGGCGAAGCGACUUUUGUGCUAGCAAAAGGACGACCAGGAAAUGAAAAUGGUCGCUAUGUGAUUUUGCAACCGGAGUUGACGGGUAUUAACGCAACCUUGGAAGUUCUACGUCAACUUCAACGCACAUUUUGCUACUUACGUGACACUGAAAUGCGUUAUUUCAAUCCGAAGGCAUUUGUAGACUCUUGCUCUUGCCUAAACUUGGAAUUUUCGGUGUACCAACAGAAUGAUGCGACUGAAUUUUGUGAUAAGUUAUUGGAUCGACUUGAAACGGGACUGAAAACAACACCUCAAGGCACGAGAUGUCUGCAGGACGUUCUUGGCGGAAAAUUGAUUUCUCAGAAGCUUCCAAAAGAUUGUGGACACCGGUACGAGCGCGAAGAACCUUUUAUUCGUUUAGAGUUGCAGAUUCGUGGAAAAGAAAGCAUUGAGGAGUCCCUCUCUGCGUUUGUUGAAGGCGAAUUGAUGGAUGGUGACAACAAGGUAGAAUGCGAGCUGUGCGCUACAAAGAAGGCGGCUGUCAGGCGAACGUGCUUUGGUUCACUUCCCAAUCUGCUCAUUCUCCACUUAAAGCGCUUCGAUUUAGAUUACACGACUUUCGAAACUGUCAAGUUGAACAAUCGGUGUUCGUUCCCUAUGCGUUUGAGCAUGAAACCAUACUCUAAGGCGGGUAUUGAGGAGCAGGAGACUAAAUCAAAUUUGCAGCAGGAUCGUGAGAUAACGUCGAUGGAGGAAGACAUGGUAUCUGAUGACUCAAGUGACUCUGAUGAAUUCAUGGCGGAAGUGAACGGUGAUACGCGAGCAAAUCGCACUUUAUUGUCAGCUAGGUCAAGCAUCACUCUUGCUGCGUCCCCGCAAAGUAAAACGGAUCCAAACAGUACUGAACGCGAUGACAAAAGUAGCGCCAAAUUGGACCCAAAUUACGAGUACCGACUCAAAGGCAUUCUUGUGCACUCAGGAGUAGCCCAAGGUGGCCACUACUAUUCCUUCAUUUAUGACCACAUGUCUGAAAAAUGGUUCAAAUAUGAUGAUGAGGACGUGACACCAUUUGAUCCAGUCAACAUCGAGGCUGAGUGUUUUGGAGGAGUGCAACGGCGCUCAUGGCACGGGUCGAACAACGCAAUGGAGAUGGAAGUUUUUAGCAACGCGCUUAUGCUUUUCUACGAGAAAGUUAUUCCCAUUGAGCCUGUAGCGACACCAGGCACUAUAGCUGGAAUUGACACUGAAGCAAUUACUCAUGUUGCGGCUCCAGACGAAGAGCGCUGUGAGUUUGAAGCCGAAGUGUGGAAGUCUAACGAAGCGUUCUUGCUGAAUUCGUAUCUGUUUGAUGUAGAAUUCCACGAAUUUUUACGUGAGAUGGUUCACUCUCAGUACAUGAAAGAUAAUGUAGUCCCAGCAGUAAAAAAUGAUAUACCUGUGGCAUCGUCGUCGUCCCCACAAGCGAAUGAUGUGUCGAUUCCGCCAGCUGCACCGACUGCACUAGCUGGGUUAGCCGGGUCAGCUGUGAACGUUGAGGAAGAAAUUCAAGUGACGCUAACGGAAAUUGGUGUCGAGUUUGUGCUGAGUGUCUUACUUCAUUCACGCGAAAAGCAUGGAAUUGCGCGGUGGAUCACGAUUCUCGCGUCCAAGUUCACACGAUCCAAAGCUAUCUGUGCACGAUUUUUCUCCGCAUUAUCGACGUCAAAAUGCAUUCUUUGGCUACGUGGGUUUCUAUUUGAAUGCCCAGACUCAAUUGCCCGUCAGUCAUUUGUACACCUAGUUUCGCGGGCUCUUACUGCAUUUGAGGCUCAUCGAAAAGUCGAAAAGUCGACUUUAGAUAAUGUGAGUUUGGAAGUGGCGACAGUAGCUGAUACUGCUACCAUUCGUACAUUUUUAGAGGCCAUCGCUACAUUUUUAGAUCAAACCUCCAUCAUGCAGCAGUCGCAUCUGGAAGAGUGUUUCAUGCUUUUGCGCAAUUGUGCAGAAAUUAGCGACAUAGCAAGAAUGCAGCUUCAGCAGCUCGAAAUGAUUGCACGACUAAUUAAUUUCUUUUUAUGUGAUCGAGGCCCAAGCGCAUUAAAGAAUGCGUUUCCGUCCUCGACGUUGCAUCCGACGACAUCACGAUAUGCGUCACCAGAUUACCAGUAUCUUUUAGAGGCGGUUAUUGCGAUGUUAGGUCUACCGCGGCGCAUGACAGAACCUUUACUUAUGGAGAGCAGCACACAGUAUCCCCACCGCACAAUCUUAUCGGAAAAAGCAGAGCAUGCACUUACCGAGAUUUUUGAAGACUACCAGACGCGAAAAAGCCCUAGUGGCAAUCCUGGCCUUGGUCUUGAAGAGCUAAAAAAAAUCUUUUCCGUGACUCUGCGCAGUGUUAUUGACAGUCCAGCAGUUGAGCAGCAGGCUCAGCAAAUGCUAACGAAGUAUGGUUCGCGGGGUAAUGGCCCUACGAAGGAUAAAGCGGGUACCUCACAGGUAGAGCUUGAUGGGUUCAUUCUGUACUAUACGGACAUGGCUGCCACCUCGACGAAAUCAGUAUUACAAGAUCUACGCGCAUUUGGCUUCAGUGAAGAUCUUCAGCGACACUCGCUGUUUAGUGGAGAUUUAUCGACUGGAGCUCAAAUUCUUGAAGGUCUAAGUCCCUUAAGUCGUGGUGCGUUGCUUAAUGAUGUGUUUUUUGAUUCAGCACUCGAAGAAGAAGCAGAAACGACAUGUGAAUUACUUUUGCGGUUAAGCUUGGGCGAUAACGCGACAUCCUUGCGAUUAUUGCGUGCACUUCUGAAUUGCCUCCAGAGUACAGAGACGGGAUGGAAGGGACAACCUGUUGUAGACGCUUGUGCGCUUGCAGUUCAGCGGGUACUAAGUUUUAAAAGCGAUUACCAAAGGGACCUUGUCGAGGUGGCAAUGAGUCACAGCGACUAUGGCUUGCUUAGCUCGUCACACAGUCAAGAAAAUAUUCGCUCGCGCCAUAUGACUACCGCUCAUGUCUCUCUCUCCAUAUACCGACGGCUGGUUCUUGUGUUGGAAUUACGAGCACGCGUACCUGCAGUCAGUGUUUGGUUAGACGACCAUCGAAGCAAGUGGGAUUGGCUGUAUGAGUGGUUGCGUCUUGAGUCGCUUCAGCCUAGUCUUGGUGGACGUCUGUCGGUAUUAAAGCGUGAGCCAGCAAAACUUGAAGUGUUGUGGAGUUUGGGCGAAGCCUUGGGUAUUCCAUAUCAGGAGGAACAGCGACGGUAUGUAGUAGAAGGCGCUGGUUACACUGCUGUUAAUGGUGUCUACAUUAGCACAUCUCACACCCACGACAAUUGCUUAACAUAUGCUUGUGUCAAAAGCGACAUCGAGUACACGCUAUUUCGGUGUUGCAUGCCGAGUAAGGCGCGUCGCUGGUACAUUUCGUACUCUCCAAACAAGAACUUGCUCGGGACUAUGUCAGAUGAGGACUUUUACUUUGUCCAGUCGCACAUUGAUGACGAGUUUCCACCGAUAGAUGGAUGGAAGAUUUGGGCUAAAAACGACAAGGCCAAACCGCCUGCGCCCACUGUGCGUCUUUACAGCUCGACUGUGGCGGCACUGGAUGGGGAUGGAGACGCUGCGGACUCUACCGAUGGUUUACUAACAGGGAGUGGCUUCGUCGACCAUGAUCAGGAGUCGCUAGCUCCAAGUGCACCUCCGUCUGACCUGGUUGCCGAAACUGUGGACGUAGACGCUGACGCGGAGACGGUGGGAUAUGAUGAUAGUGAGGAUGAGAUUCGCGAUAGCAACGAGCGCUUUCGUGCGGUGCAUUUGGACACACAGGAAGAUGGCAGCAGUACGGAUGACUUCAUGUGA